AGUAGAUCGGCCUUAGCGGGGGAGGGGGCGCUUAUUGACACCGGAAGCGACUGUACAGCAAACAUGGCGUCGGUGGUGCGGGCCCUGAGGACUCGGGCGGCUGUUACAGCCCUGCUGAGCCCACCUCAGGCUGCAGCUCUUGCUGUCAGAUAUGCAUCCAAGAAGACAGGUGGCAGCUCCAAAAACCUUGGUGGAAAGUCACCAGGCAAACACUUUGGCAUCAAGAAAAUGGAUGGUCACUAUGUUCAUGCUGGCAACAUCCUUGCGACUCAGCGCCACUUCCGUUGGCAUCCAGGUGCCCACGUGGGGCUGGGGAAGAAGAAGCACCUGUAUGCCCUGGAGGAGGGGGUAGUCCGCUACACUAAGGAGGUCUACGUGCCCAGUCCCAACAACUCAGAGGCUAUGGAUCUGGUCACCAGCCUGCCUAAGGGUGCUGUGCUCUACAAGACUUUUGUCCACGUGGUUCCUGCUAAGCCCGAGGGCACCUUCAAACUGGUAGCUAUGCUCUGAACUCCUGGUUGAGGCCAUUGGACAGAGACUUUGAAGUCCAGGUGACAGGAGUGGGUGGUACCAGAAGUCAAGGACUGGCGUGACAACAAGUCUGCUUUGUGGUGAUUGCAGAAGGAUUCUGAGAAGUGACUGGGUGGGAAGCCCAUUGGGAAACCUGACCUGAAACCAAAAAUAAAGUUAGCUGGGGUCAUAAGUCUA